AUGAGUGUGCCGAUGGUCAAGAGCUGUUGUCUAUGCGGUAGUUUACAUACAGGGACCUUGAUCAUAGGCUAUUUAUACACGAUAUGGUCGCUACUAGAACUAGCAGGCUACACUCUUCUCGUGACAUUAACACCGUUAGGAAAGAAUGGUACUGUUUCCAGUCACAAGUACAUUCUGUACAUCGCAGCGGCGGUGGUCAGUGGCAUCACUCUCCUGUGCUCGAUCCUUCUCAUUGUCGCUGCGUAUAGGAGACUACCCUUUCUAACGUUACCAUGGACGAUAGUGACAGGAAUGCUGACUGGUGUCUUCUUUGUGCUGUGCCUGACCGGCAUCAGCCUCAUCCUGCAGGAUACAGGAGAAACACUUGCUGUCGAAAUUGUCGUUGUAGUCAUUCACCUUACUAGAGCAUGUAUAUCAGUAUACUGCAUAAUUGUAGUCCACAGUCGGCACAAGCAAAUAAUGUACGACGAGGACGAAAGGCGGUUUCAAGAUUCUGCCAAAAUAUACCAGCCUGUUUGGAUGAGAGAUCAAGCGCUG